AUGCUGGGUUUCCUGAAGAAGGAGCCCUCCGAGUCCGAGCUCAGGGCGCAGGAGGUUGUCGCCCAGGACACCACCCCGCGCAAGCCAUUCCGCGAGGCGAUCGUGCCCGUCAUCGCAUGCGGCGCCGGUCUGUUUUCCGACGGCUACAUUAACAACGUUAUUGGCUCCGUGACGACGGUUCUCGCGCUCCAGUAUGGCGACCUGUACAAGAACUCGAACGCGAAGAAGUACGUCGGCGACAUUGCUUUCGCCGGCACAGUCGUCGGACAGCUCGCAUUCGGCUGGCUAGCGGACCACUGGUCGCGCACGAACUCGCUGCUCGUGUCUACCAUCAUCCUCGUCGUUUUUACUGCGCUCGCUGCCGGAUCCUACUACAAGGGCGACGACAUAGGCAUGUUCAACAUCCUGGCAGCGUGGCGAUUCUUCGUCGGAAUCGGUAUCGGAGGCGAGUACCCGGCUGGCAGUGUCGGUGCCGCUGAGUCGACUGGAGAGCUCAAGUCCGGCAAGCGCAACAUGUUCUUCAUUCUCUUCACAAACUCGAUGAUUGACUGGGGCUUCGUCAUCGGCGCAUUCGUUCCGUACGUCGUCGCAGCUGCGUGCCACAACGGCCACUACAGCACCAUCUGGCGCACCAGCUUGGGCAUCGGUGUAGUUUUCCCCAUCUUCCUGUUCGUCCUCCGUAUUUUCGUCAAGGAGAACGAAGAAUUCCAGAAGAACUCGAUGCGUCACGCCAAGACGCCGUACCUCCUCUCCCUCCGCUUCUACGGCUGGCGCCUGUUUGUUGUUAGCUUGAUCUGGUUCAUCUACGAUUUCUCCGCCUACUCUUUCGGCAUCUACUCAUCCACCAUCCUGAGCAAUAUCUACGGCGACACGGCCCCGCUCACGACCGUCUUCGGCUGGAACACUGUGAUCAACCUGUUCUAUAUCCCCGGCACGAUGCUCGGUGCCCCUGCCUCAGACUGGCUCGGCCCCCGAUACGCCCUCGCUUUGGGCGUCUUCCUCCAGGCUAUCGUCGGUUUCAUCAUGGCUGGUGACUACUUCAACCUGUCCCAGCCCGGCAUGGUCGGCGGAUUCGUUGUCGUGUAUGGUGUAUUCCUGGCUCUUGGAGAGUUCGGCCCCGGUAACAACAUUGGUCUCCUGGCGGCCAAGACCUGUGCGACUGGCAUUCGCGGCAAGUACUAUGGCAUUGCCGCUGCUAUUGGCAAGAUCGGCGCCUUCGUGGGCACUUGGGUCUUUCCAUACAUCCAGGCCGCUGCCGGCGACAAUGCGGUCGCUACUGCGCAGUACCCCUUCUGGGUCUCCUCGUCUCUCUGCGUCCUGUCUGCUGCCCUCGCCCUCUUCUGCUUGCCCCACAUCGGCCAAGACACCAUUGCCCUCGAGGACGCCCGCUUCCGCGCCUACCUGGAGGCGAACGGCUACGACACACGCCAGCUCGGCCUCAAGAAGGGCGAGAGUGUUGAAAAUGCCCACGACAGCGAUAUCCCGUCUGAGGGUGUUGCCGUGAAGGGCGAGAAGACGGUCGCCUAG